AUGAGCGCCGUGGAGCCGUUGCGCGGAGGCUGUUCCUGCGGCAGAAACCGCUACGCCAUCAUCAUUCCUGAAAACGCAGCCAGCCAAGCCGAGGUAUUUUUCUCGGGCAGUCGAGAACACAGGCAUGCCCAAGGGGGACCCUUGACUGCAUGGCUUCGAGUCCCACUUACAUGGUUUCAGUCGCACACCAUUUCCCAUUAUCCAGACGAGACACAUGUGUCAAUCCGACGCACCUUCACGCCGCUGCAUGCACCUCACAUCCAGCGUCAUUUCUGUGGGUACUGCGGCACUCCGUUGACGUACUGGACGGAGGAGCCACGAGAAGAGGCCGAUUUCAUGUCCGUGGCCCUCGGCAGUCUCUUUGGUGACGACUUGGGAUUGUUGGAGGAUUUAGACUUGCUGCCGGUCGACAUUGCAGAAGAAGAGACCAGAACCGAUGAAAGAGCGGCGCAGGCAACCCCUAGCAGUGUGCCAACUGCAGUAUCAGCACCAACAGCGGGGCCAUCCACUACGAUAGCGUCGCGGCCAUCUCCGUUUGUAACAUCUUUUCGACAGGGUACAUUAGCAGGCGUACCUUGGUUUGAGGAGAUGAUCGAGGGUAGUCGCUUAGGCAGAAUUAUGAGAAGUCGACGCGGCUUUGGUGUCAAUGAGGACCAAUCGACAACCUUCGAGUGGGAAAUUAGCGAAUGGCAAGACGAUAGUGAUGUCGAAAGGCAUGCAAAAAAUGCAUCGUCAUCAUCAUCAGGUGCAAAAAGGAAAGCCGAAAACAUGUCCAACAUCUGA